AUGUUAAGAUUGAAGGUAGAAAAAUUUAUGAAUCAAAAAAGAAAGUUUGAAAGAGAACAGCAAUUUUUCAUUACUAGACAAUAAUAUUUCAAGAAAAUUGAAAAUACUGACAAUCAUUUAUUUUUGGAGGGGUUAGAGAAAGUAAAUUUUGAAUAAGCUGAGCAAUAUUACCAAAAUUUUAGUGAAAACACAUUUGAAAUUAUAAAGUCAGGCUUUAUUUCUAAACUUUCUUACCUAUUCAUCUCAAAUUAAAAUUAAAUUAUGAAGUACUUCAACCUUCUCAUACCUGCUCUUGUUAUAUUAUGUAAAGAAUCCUAUUGUAAAUUGAUAUAACAAGAACAAAUUAAAGUUGUUCCUUUAUUUUUUGAAGUUAUUAAACUUCAAGAUAUAGAAUUAAUUGAUUAUGCUUUAAAUGGAUUAACUAUGUUAUCAAAAUAUAAAUUUGCAAAUUUUUAUACUGAAGAGCUAAUACUUUAUUUAAUAGAGUUAAUAAAUUUAUAAGAUUCAAAUCUAAAUGUAGCAUAAAUUUAUUAAUUGAUUUCGAAAUGGCCAAAAGAUACAUUAUCCAACAAGAUAAUUGAUUAAUUGUUUAGUCCAAGAUUUCAAACUUCAAUAAAAUUUUAUUUAUUUAUAGAUUCUUGUACAAUUUUAAAUUUUCUCUUCAAAUUACUAGAAAAACAUUUGGAUUUGUUUUUUAUUGUUGAUAAUUAAUUUGUAUAGAUAAUCUCAAGAUUAUGUGAUUAAUCUAAUUAUGAAAGAACUGUUUAAGUAUUGUAUUAUAUAGAAUAGGUAUUAUAUUUCAUGAAACAUUUUCUACUCUCUCAGAAUUUAGGUCUUUCAUAAUGUAUAGAUUAUAGUCCAUUAAUUCUAAGAGUUAAAACUAUUUAAUAAGCAGACAAUUCACUUAAUUUUUUAAUUGAUGAAAUUUUAAAGCUAUUAAACUUUUAGAGAUCACCAAAAGAAAUAAAAUAAAAAAUAGAAAUUCUCAAUGAAAUAUGA